ACGCAUAUCCGCCCCUUUACGAGUUCUCACACUCUCUCAACUACAUUUCCCAGAAAUCCCUACCCGCUUUUAGAACUAUUCUCAGCGAAAAUGGAUUUUGGGAGAUGUAGUUUAACAGGACGUGUCAGCUUGUUGCCUGACGUCUGUACGAGCAUUAUACAUGAGGAUCUCUGCAGAGGGAAGUCCAUCAUAGACAUGAAAAUAGAGGCCAGGCGUGUUUGAGGUUUUGGAAACAUGUCCAAGAAAAGGGGCAGCAGGAAGCGCAGCAGCGGCGAGCUGAGCGACAGUCUCACCCCAGAUCCCAAUAACCUGCUGGGCCGACGGAUUCAGCACAGCUGGAGGGAGAAGGGCGCGCUGACCAAGUGGAAGGGCACCGUGCUGGACCGCCUCAGUGUUAACUCCUCCCUGUUCAUGGUCAAAUACGACGGAUUCGACUGCGUCUAUGGCAUCGAGCUCUUUAAGGACGAGAGGGUCUCCAACCUGCAAGUUCUCACUGAGAAAGUGGUGAACAACAAGAUCAAGGUUCCUCACGACGCAGAGGAGCUGGUGGGAAAAGCUGUGGAGCAUCUGUUUGAGAAGGAGGACGGAGAGAAGAACGAGUGGAGAGGGAUGGUCCUGUCCCGAGCGCCCAUCAUGACCAACUGGUACUACAUCACCUACGAGAAGGACCCCGUGCUCUACAUGUACCAGCUCUGGGACGACUACAAAGACGGAGACCUCCGGAUUUUACCUGAAGCAGAGAAUAAACACCUUCUGCCCGCAGACAGGAAGCCCGGCGAGGAAACAGAGAGCCUUGUGGGUAAGCAGGUGGAGUAUGUGACGGAUAAAGGUGUGAAGAGAACAGGCCUCGUCAUCUACCAAGUUCCUGCCAAGCCGUCCGUCUACUAUAUCAAAUACGAUGACGAUUUCCACAUCCACGUGUACGACCUGGUCAAGACCACCUAAAAAAAAAAAACAGACAAGACAUAGAAACCCAAAAACAAACCCACACUGCUUCACCUACUCAUAGCUUAAACAUCAUGGCCUCUUAUUGUACAGUCUGUCAUGCCUCGCCAUGAAGUGCCGGCCGCCGAGGUGCUGUAUGAAGCAUCCAUGUACAGGGUUCGUAUUUUGUGUUGAUGUCGCAGCUUAUGGAGACGAUUUUUACAACUGUCAUAUCGAAACAGUGUAUUUAUACGUGUGUGUUGGGCAUCAUUUGGUAUGUUUAUAAUCCCAUGGAAUAGCUUCCUUUCACCAUAAACCAUGCUAAAGGUUGCAUUUUCGUAUGUACGAAUGUUGAAGGAGUUUCUUGGUUUUGAAUUGUAAAUAGUUCUGACUGCAGGUCCAAAAAAAACAUUUGAUUACAAAUCAUACAGUGAGACUCUUUAAAUUACUUAUUUAUUUAAUUAAUUUUCUUCAUAGCCCAGAAAUGCUGUUGAAACUUUUGAAGUUGGCGUUAUGUGACGCACAUUUUGGCUCUUUUAGUUGUGUCCCCCCCACAUCAGAACACAUCUGCAAUGAAACAAAGGUGUUUCAGCUUUCCGCCAUCUUCAAAAGGUGGUUUAUGAUUUUAAAAGCAAGAAUCUGGUCGGUAAAGGCACCAGACUAGGACUCAAUCUUGUUUUGAACAGAUAUAGCAUAGAGGAAGCACGAUUGACGCUUUUUGAAAUGGAUUUCUGUAAAGAUUAUUGAAUACAGAAGUCCAGACACUAAGCGACAUGAGUGUCAGUAAAAAGGGUCGCCCGCUUUGUCCUGUCUGAAUUCAUUAAUGCUUUAUUAUUGUUUUGUUGACUAAAGCACUUAUUUCUAAACACCAAACCAACCAGCUGCAGCUUUUGAAUUUAAAGCACAGCAAAAAUCAAAGCCUUUUGAUUGUAGUAAAGAUGACCAAUGCAAUUGUAAUUGCUCAACAAUAUCUAACAUUUAUUGGAAAAAUUUGAGUUUGUUAUGUAGCCUAGUUAAAACAAAAAAACAAAACAAUUCCAAUCCAGCAGGCUGGAUAGAUCUGUUAGAUCUUUUUUUUUAAUUCACUAUAAUAACGCUCAUUUUUUUUUUUGUCCCAGUUGAUCUAAGCAGAGCUUCAUGAUAAAGUUUGAACGAGGAACGAUUUUUGUUGUGUUCAUAUGAAUUCCCCAUUGUGCAUAUGUGUCCGAUCAACUUGAUCUUCAUCAUCACAGCUCUUUAAAGUAAUAAAACGAUUCUUGCAUGGCUUGAUGUUUUGUCGUAACUAAUGCAAAUGAGCGUGAUGAUUGGCCACCUGUUCAUGUAGCGGUUCAGGCCUUUUUUGCUUGUAGCAUUUGCACUUUAUUCUUAGGCUGUCGUGUGUAGCUCCAAAGUGUCUCGCAGGAAGAUUAAAGAUUAAAAACACAGUCUGAAAUUAAUUUGGCUAAAAUGAAAUAUAUAGGAAAGCAUUAAAACAAUUUGAACUCAAUUGAAAUUGUAUUCUUUUGUUUUGAAUAUGACCAUAGAUUUCCAAGGAACUUUAUAUAACCAUAUACAUAUAUAUAUGAGAAUAUAUUAUCAACCCAGUCCCAUAUUUUUUAUUAAUUAAUUUGAUCACACAACAUUUAUCAACUAUUUACAAUUGACUUGUAUAUACAUGUUUUAAAAGGUUUUGGCUGUGUAAAUGUAAUGCAUACAAAUGGGGAUUUCAUAUGGAAAUGUUGCUCUCUGAUUAAGUGUAUUUACUGAACUUUUGCUGCAUGUCUAUUUUGGACAGAGUGAUAGUUUUUUGAUUUCCUCCUGUACAUCAUCGCUUCACACAGAUUCAUCAGUUGUUUAUGGUGUUUUUUCUAGUUAGAUAUUCAGUAUGUCAUUAUUAAUAACACAUUGCGGGUUUCAUUUAGUUUUUUGGAAAUGUUUACCUGUCGGUAAAUCUUUUGGGCAACCCAAUUUGGGAUUACAGGAAAGUAUUGUCCAGUAAAAUGCACAUUUCUGUAAAUGAAUUGUUCUUAUUUCAGCUGUGCAUAUGGAUUGAGUUUCUAGUCCGUUUGCCAUCACAUCAGGUGGAUCGCUCGCUGUAUAUUCUCCGUUGUGCUUUAAAAACACUUGUACUAUAUUUCUGCUUUCCAUGUAAAGACAAAGGUUUGGUGAUUUCAAGCCGUUUGAAAUGUUCAAGGUUUCAUGACGCUCAGCAAGCUUCUGCGGUUUUUCUUUCUUCUAACUGUGAAUGAGUAAUUCUCUCUGGCUUCUUCGUAAAUGUGUUUUAUUGUGUGGUCUUCGAGGUUUUGCCGGUUUCUCUGGUUCCUCGAUUUCAUCUUUUCUUUGCUGCUUUUUACCAAAGUUGUUUCAGUAGGUGACGUUGAGGAGUGUCAAACAAUUCAUCCUGUCUGUUUGUGUAAUGAAGUUAUCGUAAAUAAUAAAAGAGAUAUUUUUUGCACUGAAAA